AUGAAGCAAAGUGCCCUCUGGAUACUCCCUCUAUUUUUCAUCUACACCUUCAUCAUGCCCAACUACGCUCAACAAACCAUUGAAACGGAACCUCUUAAUUCAGCAAAUCAACAAGAUGAUUACGACAAAAUCACUAUGUUGAAUCCAUUGGACGAGACGGAAAUUGAGUUUGUUCCGACCACAGCCUUUGGAUCAGCAACCACUUGGACUAUAAUGAAGAAUCAGUUCCAAAUAAUUCCAGAUAAGAGUGUUGGCUUUGUCGACCCAACUUCAGUAUCCGUGUUGUGGCAGGCUGUGGACCUUCAGUAUCCAAGCCUAAGAUUAGCCUUGGGGCUCCACAUUCGCAAUGGACAAAUACAGCAUUUAUUUCCAACAAUGGAUUUAUUCUACGGGGAUGGUGAUCAUCGUAAUCGUGGAUUGAAUACAGUGCCUCGAGCCCACACGUGGCUCUCCAUAUCCAGCAAGGAAAUUGCUUCCGUGGAUGUUGUAUCGCUUCUGUCAUCCUUUCAAAUGACGAUGGCUACUCGAAACUUCAAAAAGGGCGAAACGCAAUGGACGAUUCAGGUUAAUUCGAUAGCAGUCAAGGAGGCGCUAGAAACGGCAAUUUAUGCGCUGGCGGAAGAUCCGCCUUCUAUUUUCGGACAAGGAUCCCAUUUUCUUCAUGUCCCAUUGAACGAGGUUUUAGACUGUCCCAAGGUUGGUCAAGAAGUCCGAAUUGAACUUCAUGGUCCUCAAAAGAUGGAACAUUCGACUGGAGUAUUACAAAUCAAAGUGCAAGCGACUCAAGCUGGAAGCAAAUCAGAGCACAUACCAAAGGUCUAUGAACCACUCUUUCAGAAUCCCAAAUAUCAACGAAAGGAAUAUUUUGCCUUUCAGAAAAAGAAAGAAAGCCGUAUACAAAAGGAAAAAGAGGAUUCAUCGAGACGAGUAAAAGAGCGAAAGGAAGCGGAACUGUAA